AUGAGUUAUGUUAGUGUGAUGAUGCUUUCAUGGUGGAACCCUAACGCUCCUAAUAGGGUUUCGUUUCACGUUAAUCUCAGAAACGUUAUAGCAUGUGUAAAUAACGAUAUUGACAAAAGGUCAAACACAAGGAAUCAUGAUGAGGAUGAAAAGGCAAAAAUUACGAAUAUGGAUCUUGAAGAGCUAAAGAGUUAUGUUCUCAAUCAUGAGGAUGGUAAGAUUGAAGAGUUGAUAGAGAGAUUUGUCACUAAAAAGGCUCAAGCUGAACGAAUGGCUGAUGAGAUACUUCAUGCUAAGGCAGCCAAAGAAAUUCUUAGUAUCAACAACCGUAAUAAUGACAUGUAG